GGCCCGGCACACUGGGGCUUUGUCCAGCCCCCCGCCGCGACCCACGGGUGGGGGGGCGGCCCACAUGACCGAGGGGGUAGGAGGAGCCUGCAGCGGCGGUGGCGGCGGCGGCGGCGGCGGCAGCGGCGGCUCCAGCAUUUCCCUCCCUGGCUGGGGGUCGGCGGGCGGCGGCGGCGGCGGCGGCGGCGGCAGCUGGGCUGGGCUGGGCCGAGCUGCGGACGCCAGGCCCCCCGGUCCCCGCCAGGCUGCAGGCGCCGGGCCCGGGCCGUCAGGGCAGCUGUAAGCCUUGCGCUCAGCGGGUGGCGAGCUGGGGGUGCGCCCGGAUCCCCGCCCCCGGGAUCAUGGGGAAUGGCAUGACCAAGGUACUUCCUGGACUCUACCUCGGAAACUUCAUUGAUGCCAAAGACACGGAUCAGCUAGGCCGGAAUAAGAUCACACACAUCAUCUCCAUUCAUGAGUCACCCCAGCCACUGCUGCAGGACAUAACCUACCUUCGCAUCUCAGUGGCUGACUCCCCUGAGGUACCCAUCAAAAAGCACUUCAAAGAAUGUAUCAACUUCAUCCACUGUUGCCGCCUCAAUGGGGGAAACUGCCUUGUGCACUGCUUUGCAGGCAUCUCCCGAAGCACCACCAUCGUGACUGCAUAUGUGAUGACUGUGACGGGGCUGAGCUGGCGAGACGUGCUUGAAGCCAUCAAGGCCACCCGGCCCAUCGCCAACCCAAACCCAGGCUUUAGGCAGCAGCUUGAAGAGUUUGGCUGGGGCAGUUCCCGGAAGCUUCGCCGGCAGCUGGAGGAACGCUUCGGGGAGAGCCCUUUCCGCGACGAGGAGGAGGUGCGCGCGCUGCUGCCUCUGUGCAAGCGCUGCCGGCAGGGCUCUGCGAGCGCGGCCGCUUCCCCCGCGCCCAACUCCUCGGCCUCCGAGGGGACCUUGCAGCGCCUGGUGCCGCGGUCGCCCCGGGAAGCCCACCGGCCGCUGCCGCUGCUGGCGCGCGUCAAGCAGACUUUCUCUUGCCUCCCGCGGUGUCUGUCCCGCAAAGGCAGCAAGUGAGGAUCCUGCCCCGCCGUGGCGCCCCUCGGCCUCCCGACUGGUCCCCUUCGGCGAUUGUCUGGGCCUUCCACGGCCUUCAGGACGCGCCCAGAGCCUCUGGGAGCCCCGCGGCCGCCUGAUCCCUGCCGCUGCCCCUCUUCCCGCCUUGCUUGUCUGCGUCCGCAGUCAGUGUGUCCUCCAUCUGUGUGUGUGGCUCUGUGUCUGGGCCGGCCUGCUGCAGCCACCUGGUGCCUUAGUCCUUGGGCUGGGGGAGGGUGCCCCCGGGCCCCCCCAUUAAAGGCCACGGGAGUGGGAGUGGGUGGGAGGGGGGUGUUGGAUGGGCCUGGAGGAUAUUAAAGAGACACAGAAGCUGCCUGUCUGAUCACCUCCCAGUCAUUGAGCAAAGGUGGGGCUGCAGGACUCUGCCAGGGGCCCGAGCCUGCACGAAACAGGCAUGGGAGGGGGUUUGCAUCCCCUAGGGCCUGAGGAGCCUGCCACCCUCUGUGAACUGCAGUCUGCAGGGCUGAAUUCCACUUCCCUGACCCUUGAACCUAUCUCUCCCUGGAGCCCUGGUCUCCUGAAAAGACCCCCAGCUCCUCCUUCUCUCUGAACCCCUUUCCCCCUGGCUGAGGCCCUGUCCUCCUCCCUGAGCCCCCUCCCCUUCCUCCCCAGCUCCCUU